AUGCAAUUCUUACAGAAGAGUCUAUAAAAAACAUAACUCUUGAAGAAAUUGAUAAGGUACUGCAGAGCAAUGGGAAAUGCCUCUCUGAUUAUCCGUCAAUGCCACGCAUCAAUAGUGAAACUUUGCUUGAUAUGCAAAAUCGAUUAGUGUUGGAUGAAUUAAUGUAUGACAGAUUUGCUUUGGAAGAGGAGCAUAAAAGACUAAUUAAUUCCCUCACUGAUGAGCAGAAAGCUGUUUAUGAUAAAAUUGUUUCAGCAGUUACGGCAGGUAAUGGAGGGUUAUUUUUCCUAUACGGGUUCGGUGGUACAGGAAAAACAUUUAUUUGGAAUACUCUUUCAGCAUCUAUUAGAUCAAAAGUUGGAAUCGUACUUAAUGUUGCUUCUAGCGGAAUUGCUUCCCUUCUGCUUCCUGGAGGACGAACAGCGCAUUCUAGAUUUCGUAUUCCUAUUCAAAUCAAUGAAGAUUCAACGUGUAAUAUAAGGCCGAAAUCUACUAUAGCUGAGUUGCUGUCAAAAACAAAGUUAAUCAUUUGGGAAGAAGCUCCAAUGGUACAUAGAUUUUGCUUUGAGGCUCUGGAUAGGACACUGAGAGAUGUUCUUAGAAUUUCUGAUUCAAGCUGUGUUGAUAUGCCAUUUGGUGGAAAAGUUGUUAUUCUAGGAGGUGACUUUCAGCAAAUAUUACCUGUCAUUCCUCAUGGCAGCAGACAAGAUAUAGUUCAUGCAACCAUCAAUUCUUCUCAUCUAUGGUCCCAUUGUCAUUUAUUAACUUUGACCAAGAACAUGCGUCUUAAUUCUGGAAGUAGCGCUCACAAUUUAGAGGAAAUAAAAGAAUUUUCUGAGUGGCUACUUAAAGUUGGGGAUGGUAAUCUUGGAGAUGAUGUUGAUGGAGAAUCUAUUAUAACAAUUCCAGAUGAAUUGUUGAUUAGAGAAUCGGAAGAUCCGCUGUCGGAUAUGGUUAAUUUUGUUUAUCCGAAUCUCUUGGAUAAUAUUUUGGAUCAGACCUUCUUUAAAGAACGUGUUAUUCUAACUCCUAAAUUGUCCGAUGUUGCUAUGCUAAACGAGCACCUAAUGUCUAUGAUUCCUGUUGAAGAAAGGACUUUUUUGAGUUCAGAUAAAAUUCUUAAGCAAGGUGGGACUUCCUCUGUUGAGGAUGAUGAAAUCACCCCUGAGAUCUUAAAUACAUUAUCAUGCUCAGGGAUUCCUGAUAAUAAAUUAAUCUUGAAAGUUAAAGUUCCAGUAAUGCUAUUAAGAAAUAUUGAUCAGUCGAGAGGUUUAUGCAAUGACACGAGAUUGCUUAUUACAAAAUUAGGGAAUCAUGUUGUUGAGGCAAUUGUACUUACAGGAAGCAAUAUAAGGAAAAUUGUGUUAAUCCCUAGAAUGACGAUGAGCCCAUCGAGUCAUACAUUUCCUGUAAAUUUCCAAAGAAGACAAUUCCUCCUGAUUGUAUCGUUUGCCAUGACUAUCAACAAGAGUCAAGGACAAUCACUUUCACAUGUUGCAAUUUAUCUCCCUAAGCCUAUCUUCACUCAUGGGUAA